CACACACAUACACACAGAUCAAGACACACAAAACUCAAGGAGCCAAUCACAGCUUGUUCCAAUGCCGGCCUUGCAGCUACUUGACUCCCAGCAUGCUUUGCUCCCAGGAUCAGCUGUGGAGAGGGUCAUGGGACCUCCUUGAUAUAAACGGCCCAGUUGAUCAAGCACACAGAGGCACAACAUGGACAUAAAAACAAAGAUAGAGCGAGACUGAUUGGGAGAAAGUAAUGGAAAGUGAGAUAAAGAAAGAAUACGAGUGACAGGAGAAAGGCGAUAAUCCAACGUGCAUGUUGAAACACAGCCUGUGGAAUGAAAGGAAUUAACUGAAAGGGCCGCAUGUGUAGGAUGUCUGUGUCUCAGCUUGCCCAGUGCAAGUUAGCAAGUGUGUGUUUUGUUUCUGUCUAUGCAGCAGAUGGAAUAACUCUCUGUGUAAGCUCCAGCUAGUCAGUAUUUAUUAGAUGAAACAGUCAGAGACAGAGCUCUGGAUCUAAUGCACACGCUGCAGGGCCACAUGUGCUGUCUGCUCUUACACUGUAUGUCUGUAUGCAUAUCUGUGCGUGCAUGCAUGUGCGUAAUCUGAUUUGACCUGCCUUAGUCACCCCCUUAUGUACACUGGACCAAAAAAUGAGCAUAGAUGAGUAAACAGUAGUAGUGACUGACCUUUUCCAUACUGGACUACUGCCAGCCUGAGACACUGUCUGACAUCAGUUCACAUUAUGGAGACAAGAGAGACAAUGAUGAAGAUGAUGAGCGGAGAGGGAACAGUGGGAUGGAGCGUAACUUACGAGGGAGAUCCUCUCUGAUUGGAAGAGAUGUGCAAACACACACGUACAUGCGGACGACGAAAUGGCAAACAAAUUUUCAAAAAUUAGGGGUGGGAGUGAACAUUAGAUUAGCGAGGCAUUCAGGAGGCCUUUCUGCUGGUUUCAUAGCUCACCACGCACACAGCAAACAUGUGAGUUAGCUAUUUUGAGUUGUGCUAGCCCCCCCCUCCACUACCCCCUCUAACCACACUCCCACAUCUCUAUCUCCUUCCAUCAUUCCCUUCCUGCUGCCACCCACUGCCUCAAUCCGCAUACUACUUCCCCCUUGCUGUAACGGUUUGUUUGUCAUAGACAGUGUUACCUCCUCACUUAACUUUUUGAGGAACGUACACUCUGAGUACUGACUGAACUGUGUCUGCGGCAUCGAGGAGCAAACUGUCAAAUGUAAAAAUGUUGGCAUGCUUUGUCAGGGCUUGUUCAUAUAAUCUCUGAUCAGGUAUUUCUUGAUUAAAGUCAUAACUUUCUCAACUUUAUAUCAACACUCUGAUGGCUGCUUGUGCUAUAAAAGGUACUAGCUGCUGUGUUUUUGAAGUUUGCCUUGUCUUGUUAGUGUUUCCAUUACAUUUUCACUUAUAUAUGAUAAUGCUACUGGUGAUUUUCUGAAAUCAAUAUAGGAAACAAUCUAGAGCAUAAAACAAUGAUAACAGCUCCAAGAGGUACAGUCCAGGAAAUGACAAUUUAACCUGCUCCAGGCCUGACAUUAACCUAACCCUAAGGCGACCUUUUAUGGCAGAUGAACAAGUUCUAUCUUACAUCCAACAACACAUUACCUAAUAUACAGAAGGUUAAAGGAACCCUGAUCUGCAAAAAGAGGUGACUUCAGAGAAUGCAAUCUCAGCUUUCUGCAUAAAGAGAGAUUGACCAUGAUAAAGACACAGACAUUUCUCUGCUUUAAAGUACAUGACAGAGCAGAUUCAUGCGGAUAUACUUUACAGGUCAAAGUGACAAUCAGAGUCAGCUAAUUCUAAUACACCAUCAACGGUUGUUUCAGUGUGACUUACAUUCAGUUUUUUUGUAAAUUACAUCCAAACUACCCUCGGUUUUCAUGUCUGAUGUCACACAGGACUUUAAAUGAAACUGUGGUUUAGAGCACUGAGCAUGUGGCACUCAACCCGAGCAGCACAGAAGGAAACACAGCUGAGGCUCGGUCCUAUUGUGUAGAGGUAGAGACGGACAACCACAUGCUACGACCUCGAAAACAAACUCCUACAGUUUGUUUCCAGAAAACACGCUCACAAACACACACACAUACUGCACGCACAUCAGACACAAACACACAGACAAACAUACCCCCACGACGGCAGACAGACAGAUAUAGUACACACAAAGACAAACACAUCCUCACACCCACACAAAACUGUCUGAUGUCCUGUCAACGGUUUCAACAUGUUUACGGCAGCUUAGCACUUCACCACAGUGUUUUAUCAAUAUGAAAGUUUCAAGUAUCACAAGACUAAUUCAAGGCUAAUGUCAGCACUAACAUUCACUGCAUACAAAAAUCAAGGCUUAGUUCUGGAGUGGCUUGUGUGUACGUCUGCGGGUGAGUGUAUGGCUAUGUGCACAAGGGCACACACCUGUCAAAGUGAAGCUGUAACAAUCACAAGUGUCACGCUAUGCCGUCAAUCAGGACUAAAGCCUUUCACUGGUGAUUGAUACGGUUUGAGCAGAAUUGGACAGAUCCAAUUUUAAUCAAGUGGAUUUUGGAUUGUGCCAAUGCUGUGAUAGAGUGGCAGAGAUGCUCUGCUCCUGACUGACAGAUUGUGUCUCUGGCUGUCCUUUCCACUGUUGUUUACGUCCCUCUGCAGGUGUGUAUGUGUGCAUAGGUGCACACGUGUCCUGUUCGUCUGGCUCCUGACGUGUCCAUUUUUUCGGAUCAGUUGUUGAUCGGAGCUUCUCUUCCCCUCCAUUUCAUUAGCGGAGAUAACUUCCACCAUAUAAUAUCGUGUCAGGGGCUGCUGGUCUGAGCGGCGUGGUUGACCCUGAUAAGAAGAACUGAGCCCACUGCUUUCAGUUGCCUCAAUCAUCCCACAUACCCUUGAGUCUGUUUCCAUAAUAGUCUGUCUGUCCUUCACUCAUUCAUGGUGAACUUUAACUCCGUCACAGUGACCCUGUUUCAACAAAUCUGAGGUGUGUUUCGCUGGCUGGUCUCCAGGGAGACAGAAGAAAUAGUGGAGCAUAACUGAUAUUUCCUCAUAGGAAACAUAUUAUGAAGAAGAGGAGGGCCUGAACUGAAGUGAAGCAUUUUUGAUAUUCCAAAUGGAUUCUUCAUGUUGAUCUUUGCUCUUCCCAAGCUGAGCAGAGCAGUGGUGCGUGUGAGGAGACUGGCAGCUCACCUCAGCAAAGCAACAAUGUCCACAAACCACCAGGGCUCCAGUCCGUCCUCUGCAGCCAAUGGGGAUACUCCCACUGCAGCCAUUCUCAUCAUAGGAGAUGAGAUACUCAAGGGUCACACAGUUGACACCAACAGUGCCUUUCUGACACAAGCGCUAAGGAAGCUUGGGGUGUCUGUGCAGCGCAUAACAGUCAUACCAGAUGUACAGGAAGUCAUUGCUAAAGAGGUGGCCCUCCUUUCGCCUCAGUAUACACACCUCAUCACCUCGGGAGGCAUAGGCCCCACCCACGACGAUGUCACCUUUGAGAGCAUCGCCAUGGCGUUCCAAGAGGAGUUGUAUCCCCACCCUGAGCUCACCCAGCUGGUUAAAGAAUUCUUUGGGGUAGUGGACAAAAACAAUGCUGCUAUGAAGCUGGCCAUGGUGCCUCGCUCAGCCAAACUCAACUAUGGAACUGACCCUCAGACUGGACAGCUGCUCCGUUACCCACUGGUCAGCGUGCGUAACGUCUAUAUCUUUCCUGGGAUCCCGUCUCUGAUGGAGAGGGCAUUCAAUGGGCUGGAGCACCUCUUUGCUUCUUCAGGGACCACUUUUCACACUCGUGAGGUGUUCGUGGAUGCGGACGAAGCGGAGAUCGCUCCUGUGCUGACCAAACUGCAGGCCGGUUGGGGUAGGAGGGUGGCUCUGGGCUCCUACCCUGACUGGCUGAGUAACUAUCACCGAGUCAGGCUGGUCCUGGACUCAGACAGCCAGGAAGAGGUGGACAAAGCCCGGGCACAGCUGCUGGAGGAGUUGCCCAAGGGGAGCGUGGUGCCCUUAGUCACUGACCCAGUGUCCAUCGCCACUGCUGAGGUGUACACACUGGCCAACAGCGGCACACCGCUGGGUGAGAAAGUUAUGUCUGCUCUGAAAACGAUAGAGGCUGCGCUGGAUCAGUAUUCAACAGAGGAAGUCUGCGUCGGCUUCAACGGAGGCAAAGACUGCACGGCGCUGCUUCAUCUCUACUACGCUGCACUGAAACGGCGGUAUCCAGAUAAAGACAAGGUAAAAGCUCUGUAUAUCCGUAUCGUCUCCCCAUUCCCAGAAAUGGAGAGGUUCCUCCAGGAUACAAUAAAAAGAUACGACCUGGAUCUGUUCUCUGUGGAGGGCAGCAUUCGGCAGGCGUUGGCCGAGGUGCAGGAGAGGAGGCCUGAGCUGAGAGCCGUCCUGAUGGGGACCAGGAGGAGUGACCCCUACUCGCACACACUCACACCCAUGUGUCCCACUGACCCCGGCUGGCCAAACUACAUGAGAGUCAACCCGUUACUGGACUGGACGUAUCACCACAUAUGGUCGUUCUUGAGGACAUUAUACGUGCCCUACUGUAUUCUCUACGAUAAGGGGUACACUUCGCUAGGCAGCAUGGACAACACCUGUCGAAACCCGGCCCUCCAGACUGUGGACGCGAGAGGGGUGACGCGGUACAAGCCAGCCUACCUACUGGAGAACGAAGAAGAGGAGCGAAACUCCCGUGCCUGAUGUAGUGUCACUUCUUACAGCGUCACCUGUUGCAGAUGGAGCCAGAUUUUCAGAUCUCAGAUCACCACUUGCACACAUUUAACUCUGUUAAACAUAACCUGGAUAUUUUUUAUAGUCUUCUUGUGAAUAUUUACGAAAGACUGAACACAUCUGACUGCAGAAUGAGAUUGUGAGGGAAGUCUGGUUGUGUGUCUGUGUGUGUGUGUGUGUGUGUGUGUGUGCAUAUAUUUGUUACUUGUGUGUACUUGUGAGUCUAAAGUAAUGGCUCUCUUUGCUGUUGAAUAAAACAUCAAUCUGUGUCA